AUGGAGAGAUUUUUGCUGGUUGGCAUUUUGUGUGCUCAUGUAAUGGUGGCUUUGCGGCCUACCAUUUUGGAUGCACUGAAAAUGUUGGAAGGAGAUAUUGAAGUGCCACCAAUUCCAGAUAGGCCAAUGCCUCUUGGUCACCCUUCAGCUUAUGGCAAUGGCAACGGUAAUACUUUCAGCAUAUCACCAGCUUUGAGCGGGCCAAAAUUGCAUAGUGGAGACAUGCUCAGUUUCUACGUCGCCUUGAAGAAAGCAAAGAGUGAAGAUUAA